CAGUGGUGGACUAAGCCAGGGAGACCCUGUUGGCCCCUGGACAUGGUCAGCCUCAGGGCCCAGGAAAGCGGCUGCUGCCCCGCCUGCUGACCCCUGGGUCUCCUGCAGGCAGCUCUGCCGCUGGCCUGGUUAUCCUGGUGGUCAAGGAAUUUACUCUUUCCAGGAAGCUGCCAUGAUGGUCGGGAGGUUCCUGUGGCCACACCCAUGUGGCACCCAGCCAGCAUCCAAGCCACUUUUCCUGUCCCUGACAAAGCCCCUCAGGCCUGGCUGCCCACCAUGCUAUCUACCAGGGUCCUGUGUGGGAAGGGCUGUUGCCAAUGCCAAAUUUUAAAAUAGAGAAACAGCUUUCUGUGGGAGUGUUGACAAUCACCCGUGUCAGUCAACGCGGAAGAAAAAUGUUCCAAAUCCUGACCCUCCCGGCCUGUUGCCCCCACACAGGCCUGGAUGCAAGGAAUAGGGCGGGAGCAGAGAGAGAGUGAAGAAAGUGUCUGUUUCUUUCUCUGUGUCUAUGUGUUUGUGUCUGUGUCUGUGAGUGUGUCUGUAUGUCUGUGAGUCUAUGUGUGUCUGAGAGUUUGUGUGUGUCUGUGUGUUUGUAUGUCUGGGAGCAUAUCUGAGUAUAUCUGUGUGUAUUUGUGUGUCUGUGAGUGUGUAUGAGUAUGUGUGUCUAUGAGUGUCUGUGUGUAUGUCUCUGUGUUUGUGUGCUUAUAUGUCUGAGUGUGUAUCUGUGUGUUUGUGUGUCUGUGUGUUUGUGUCUGAGUGUGUGUCUGUGUGUUUGCGUAUCUGGGUGUAUGUGAGUGUGUCUGAGUGUGUGUGUCUCUGUGUCUCUGUGUUUGUGUGUCUGAGCAUGUGUGUCUGUGAGUAUGUCUGGGUGUGUGUCUGAGUGUGUGUCUGUGUGUUUGUGUGUCUAUAUGUCUGUGUGUCUGUGUGUUUGUGUGUCUGUAUGUCUGUGUGUCUGGGUGUAUGUGAAUGUAUCUGAGUGUGUGUGUGUGAGUGUGUCUGUGUCUCUGUGUUUGUGUGUCUGAGUAUGUGUGUCUGUGAGUGUGUGUGGGUGUGUGUCUGAGUGUGUCUGAGUGUGUGUGCCUGAGUGUGUAUGUUGUGCAUGUGUCUGUGUGUCUGCAUGUGUGUGUAUGUGUCUGUGCAGGAGGCCUUGGGGAGGGCUCUGGAGCUUGUGGACUCACUGCCCCUUGUCCCUUUGUCCCUUUGGGCUCUCAGGGGUUCCAGGCACCUCGGGUCCUGUUCUGUCUUAACAUCGCCAGGGUCUGCAUGCAGGACCCCCAUCUGCUUCAGUCAUGGCCCCCCUGAGUGGCUGAGCCAAAGCUGUGCCCCAGCCCAGGAUUCGGGGGCAUCUUUAUGCCCCUGAAUUGUCUUUGUGCAUGUGGACCCUGGUAGUUGCAGACACUGCUGUGGACCAUCUCCUCCUGGGAGACGACAGUUUACUGGUUUUGCUUCCUGACCAUAGCCUGGUAUUGUGGCUCCAACUCACCACUGACCAACAGCCCUUCUUCUUCCUGCUCUGACCUGUGUCAGUGCUGUGUGUGUGCCUGUAUGCCAGAUGUGGUGAUGUGUACAUGGACUGGCAUGUGCAUGGGAUGGCACAUACAUGGGACUUGUGUGUGCACGGGACAGUGUGUACAUGAGAGUGUGUAUAUAGGACUAUGUGUCUAUGAAAUUAUGUAUAUAUGGGACUGUGUAUGCAUGGAAGGGUUUGUACAUGGGACUGUAUGUACAUGGGAUGGUGGGUACAUGGGACAGCAUGCGCCCAUUAACCCUUGCAUAUAUGUGCACAAACAUAUGUGUGUGAGUGACAGCAAGAGGUGCCUGAGUCUGGGUGGCAGUUCCCCCUCCUAUGUUCAGGAAGUCUCCAUUGGUGGUCUGGGGCUAUCAAGCAGAGCCCAGAAAGAGCUCAGUGGGACUCUGACUUGGACCACACAGUGGUAUGGAUGCAUAUAAACAUUUAACUCCAUGGCUUAAUCAUUGCUUAAACACAUGUGAGUUAAUGUGUUUCUUUGUGUUUAUAGAAACUCAUUUGGUUAUUCUAUAAAUUGAUUGAUGAUGAGCUUAAGCAGGUACAGAAGAAGUGGCGAAGGCGCUGAAGAGCUAGUGCAGGGGCUGAGGUGCAUGUCUUGCUGGUUUGAUUCCCCAUCACCUCAUGGUCCCCUGAGUCAGCCAGAUAUGGCCCUGGCAGUUUCUGGGACAAGCCAAAAGCCCCAGCAGCCCCUCACUGACGUUUGCUGGAGGGAAGCCCCAGACCCCUGAACACCACUGGGGAGGCCCAAGAAAGAGCCCAACAGAAAGCCACAAGAGUGGUGUGAAAUCUAUUAAGGGGUUUUGUUUCUCAGACAUCCACCUGGUGGACAUCCAUGGGGUGAUGUCCACGGAUUUUUCCUGGCCGCUGCAUGUGGAUUUGGUGUCAGAGUGAAAAGGCCAGUGUUGGUGCCAGCUGCAGUCGAACUAGAGUGGCGGGUUUCAGCCAAGGAGCUAAUUGAGCUGAAAUGCAAUCAAAGGCCAGAGACAGGCAGAUGGAGGGAGAGAAGCUGGGAUAAGCAGGGCAGCCGCCUCUGUAUGGCCUCUGCAUGGCCUCUGUAUGGGGCACUCCUCUGGGUGUUGGAACUGAGAAACGGCCUGCUGGAAUAUGCUCCAGCCCCAUGGGGAUCUGAUUGUUGGACUUGUCCUCAAGGCUUCUUUUCUCACAGCACUGUCCUCUCAGGACCCCACUCAAUCACCCAGCAGGCUCAACACCAAGAGGGGCAGGAUCCCUGCCGCACCAUUGCCGGCCUGGAUGAAGGUAACCCCCUGUACCCUCCAUGGACCCGACGUUCUGAGUACUGCUGUCCGGGGUGGGGGUUGGGGGCCACAUCAUCUGCCACAUUCUCUGCCCACCACAGACCCUCAGGUGAUUAGGAGCCCCUUGCCUCCCCCAGUCCCCUACCUAAUAUCAUCACCCAUAUCUUCCACAUCCUGAGAGUGAUGAUUGUCCUGGGCUGCUGCCCUUUAUUCUGCCUCCUCUUAUCCCAAUUCCUCUUCCAGGAAGUCCCCUUGUUACUCCCUCCACAUUACCCCCAGCCCCUCCCCUUCUUCAUUUUCUUCAGAACAAUCACCCAAUAGCUGACAGCAUUCCAUCUGUUCGUGCUUUCUCCUCUACUAGACCAGUCUGCCAGGAAGGAGCCUUGCCUGCCAUUUACUGUGUGAUUUCCCCUUGCACCUGACACCCUUUGCAACAGGGAAUGAAUGAUAGACACCAUAUAUAUCCACCUCACAGGAGAGAGAGAGGCUGAUGUAGUACAGGCCCUCAAAGCCCUCAAAGCUUCAGUGCUUUGUUCCUGGAACUACAUCCCCUUUCUGCUGACACCCUCCUUUUCUCUCUACCUGCCCCUUUAUUUUCCCAGCACUUUAGCUGGAGCUGCUUCUACCUCUUCAACCAGCUAGUCACCAGCUAUGUCCCUGAUUAAUUAGAACAUGCACUGCCCAGGACCACAGUGAUUGGUUCAGGGCAGGGCAUGCAACUCAGCCAUGGCCAAUGAGACUGUUCUGAGACUUAGGCUUCAUGAUCACCAUGCAGGAAGGAGGUCCUACUGUCCAACUAGGGAGAGGGUGUUGGCAGAAGGACCUGGGGACCCCACUUUGCACCUUGGAGCCUCCUCACCCACCAGCUUCUGCUCAGGAUGCCUGAUGACAAAAACAUCUUCUUCUAAUGCUAGCAAAAAUCUCAGGGAGGCUCUUUUUAUUGGAAAAUAGCUUAAAACUCACAGGAGUAGUGCAAAGAUCACCCAGGUUCAACAACUGUUGACACGUCUGUUUGCAUGUUCUCAUAUAUAUGAUAUGGAAUGAUAUAUGAUAAAAUUGACAUGUAAAUUAUGAAACAGAAUAUUAAUAGUAUCUAAUUUUAAUGUCUUAAGGAGCUGAUCAAUAAAUACAGUCUGUGAACAACAGUGCAUUCUCUCCAACUCCCCUGUUACAUUCCUCACCUCUCCAGCCAGUCUGGUCUCCUUGGAAAGGUUGUGCUCACCUCUGCCUCUGAAACUCGAGCUCCCACACCUCCCUUUCCUGCCACCCGCUUUCCACUCUGCUGCUGUGUAGGUGCCACUAUUCAUUUGGCACCCCUCCUUCAGCCCGUGCUCCCAUGCACUUAGUUUUCAUCUCUUUAAUCUCAAAAAGCUCUUCAACCUUUUAUUGAGGGCACUGACUUUUAUGUUUUUGUUUUUGAGCCCACCCACCAAUGCUCAGGGUUUACUCCUGGGCUUAUAUUCAAGAAUCUCUUCUGAUGGUCUCUGGAGACCAUACGGGGUGCCGGGAAUUGAACCCGAGUUGGCUGCAUGCAAGGUAAGCGCCCUCCCCACAGUACUAUCGCUCUAGCCUGGCACUGACUUUGUUUUGCUUUUUUUGGUCGCACCUGGAGAUGCUCAGGGGUUACUCCUGCUCUGCGCUCAGGAAUUUCUCCUGGCAGUGCUCGGGGGGACCGUAUGGGAUGCAGAGGAUCGAACCCAGGUUGGCCGCAUGCAAAGCAAAUGCCCUGCCCUACCUGCUGUACUAUCAUUCCAGCACUGACAUUUUUAAAGACUAGAGUCACAUCCCGCCUAAUUUGGGGGUCCUCUAGGGCUGUUUUUACAUGAGUGUUUACCUAAUGCCAUCCAGAAUGUUACCAGUCAAGAUUCUUACCCAUGUUCUCCACUGACUUAUUGUAUGUCUCCACUCACUGCCCCACAUCACUAAGGAAAAAAACUUGUCAUGAAAAUAACCUAAGAGCAGGGGAAAUUAUGAUUGACCCAUGUGGAGUCUUUGUUCACCACUGAGUCAAUAAUUCACCAGGGAUAGCUCAUGGCAUGAGGUCAAAUGCCAGGAAAGGAGGGAGCAGGCCUGUGAUUGGCUGACUUGGGUCACAUGACAUGGAAAUCUGGGAAACUGGUCUCUGAUUGAUCUGGCUUGGGUCCAUACCACAGAAGGAUUGAUUGAAUUGUAGAACAAACACUGGGAUGAUGCUGAGGUUCUCAGUCCUGGCACACACUUUAAGCCACCAGCCUGUGCUGGUAUCUGGAGUGAGAUUGUCCGGGCAUCUAGGGAAUAGGGACCAGAGAUGCAGUCAGCAUCUCCCCUGCUGGGGACAGCACCCCACAACCCCAUGAAGUCACAGUCAGAAGUAGGAGGUUGCAUUUCCCUGGGGAAACUCAGGCUGAUUGGUGGGCUCAAUUCCUGCUGCUUAUAGCAGUGAUCGAAGUUUGGUCCAGGACCAGUUCCUGAAUGCCCCUGAGCCUCAGUGUCCAUGACUGCCUAUGAAGGGUAUGUGACUUGCACAUGUGCCUCUUUAUGUAAGUGACUGACAUAGUCACUUUGCAACACAAAGGCUGGACUUUUGUGUUCGUUCAUUCAGAACUUCGAGUACACACUUCCACUCCUGAAUCCCCAAGUCCCACCACCUCUGCCUCUGCUUCCUUAUGUUCAGUAGAGAAAAACAUGAAGAACUAGCUCUGAGGGAUAAAGGAAACCCUCCCCACCAUUCAUGCCCAGAACUAGCCAUUAGCUAGAAUACUAGUCUUAUUGAGCCUCCUGUGUGCUGGCACUUUGUCCUGGAAAGGACAUACUCACUUUUGGGAAGAAGCACCACCUUCAGAACUGAGACAAAAGUGAAAAGAGUAACUGAGUUUCUCAAGCACCCUCACCGUGAGAGACCCUGCUCUGGGAUUACCCUUAUACUUUGCACACACUCCCUCCCACCCAGACAUUUAUGCCCAUUUUAUGGAUGUGGAACUGGAAGAAGGGGACGACUUCUUGCUCCUCCCUGAUUAGAAUCAAGCCUGGGUGGGCUUGUCCCUAGGCCCCAGCUGUCUACCCAGUGGCUGACGUUCUCUCCUUUGUUAUCUUUUCUCUCCUUUAAGCUGUCCCAUGUUCUUCGGCUUUCACUUGCACAAGGAUGACUCUGGCUCAGCUUGGCCAUCUCCUCUUCAUCCUUUGAGACUCAGCCCAGACACUGCCUUCCUCUCUCCAGGCUUUUCCGUGAAAAAGCCUGCUCUGCUGACCAUGCUCUGCUUCUCUAAUGCUUGCUAUGGCCUUGCCACCCAGCCAGCGAAGGAGCCAGGAACCAGUGGUGUUCAAGGAUGUGGCAGUGGAUUUCACCCCCAAGGAGUGGCAGCUGCUGGAGCCAGAACAGAAGGCCCUGUACAAGGAUGUGAUGCUGGAGAACUACAGGAACCUGGGCUCCCUGGGGUAUCUGUUCUACAAACCAAAGCUGAUCACCAGGCUGGAGAAAGGAGACGAGCCCUACAACCAGGAGGGCCAGGGUCCCAGAGCCGCCCAACAAGAACACUCAGGAGUUGGCAGUGACAAGAAGAGGUGUUCAGGGGUGGCAAUUCCCAAGUCAGGCACUUCCAGAAACUCAUCUCUGAAGAAGGGGAAGCAAACAACCCAGAGAUGUGGUAGGACGAAAAAGGCUCCAGACAGUGAGGCCAGGCGGUCGCAGGGACGCCAGAAAUCCUGCCCAAGGAAGGCCGGAGGCUCAGCCAAGAAGAGGGGCCCCAACAAGAAAAGUCAGGAGCUGGGGGCCAGACAAGGAGGCGUGAGUGGGCCAGCCACAGGCUCAGGCACGAACAGUGUCCUGGAAAAGGAAACUCAGGUGAUCAGGGCCAGGCCAGGAGUCCAGAGUCAUCUAAUCACAAACUUAGGCAAAAAGAUUAUCCUUGAAAAGAAAAUUCAGGAGCCUGGGGCCAGGCAAGGAGGUGUGAGUCAUCCAACCACAAAUGUAGGGAAAAAGAUUCUCUCUGAAAAGAAAAUUCAGGAGCCUGGAGGUACGAGUCAUCUAGCCAAAAAUCUAGGGAAAAAGAUUCUCCCGGAAAAAAAAACUCAGGAGGGCAGGGCAGGGCGAGGAGGUGCGAGUGGACCUACCACAGACUCAGGCAAAAAGAAUCUUCUUGAAAAGAAAAUUCAGAGGCCUGGGCCUGAGGGAGGAGGUUCAAGUCUGCCAGCCACAGAGUCAGGCAAGAAGAUUCUCCUCGAAAAGAAAAUUCAGGCAUCUGAAUCGGGUCACCCAGACACAACUCAGGCACCACAGGAUCCUGUAGGGGAGACAGCCGCAAAGCCUGGCACUUCGGAGAAAACACACAAACCCAAGAUGACAAAGCGCCAGUGCCCCAAGGCCAGCAAGGGCAAGGCCCAGUUCACGUGCAAGGAGUGUGGGAAGAGCUUCAAGCAAACGCUGCACCUGGUGGAGCAUGAGCGCAUCCACACCGGGGAGAAGCCACACACGUGUGACCAGUGUGGCAAGUCGUUCCGCCACAGCUACUACUUCUCCACACACUACAGGAUCCACACGGGGGAGCGGCCCUACAAGUGCAAGGAGUGUGGGAAGGCCUUCAACAGCAGCUCCACACUCCACAGCCAUCACCGCACGCACACGGGCGAGAAGCCCUUCCGCUGCCCUGAGUGCGGAAAGACCUUCAAGCAGAGCACCAAGCUGACACGCCACCGGCGCGUGCACACAGGCGAGAAGCCCUAUCAGUGCGACGAGUGCGACAAGUGCUUCAGCCGCAGCUCGUCCCUGAAGGAGCACAAGAGGAUCCACACGGGGGAGAAGCCCUACGUGUGCAGCGAGUGCGGGAAGGCCUUCCGCUGCAACUCGCACCUGUUCGAGCACCUCCGGAUCCACCAGGAGGAGAACUGCCAUCGCUGCAAGAAGUGCGGCAAGCGCUGCCGGAGCGCCUUCCAGCUGCGCAAGCACAAGAAGCUGCACCAGCCCGUGGCCCGUGCUGAGUGUACUGAGUGUGGGAGAACCUUCACCAGGAAGUCCACGCUCAUCAAGCACCAAAAGAGCCACCGGAAGGAGUAUUCGUACCACUGCGAGGACUGCGGGAAGGCCUUCCUGUGCAAGUCCAGCGUCCAGCGGCACCAGCGCAUGCAUGCCGGAGAGAUGCCCUACGUGUGCCCUGAGUGUGGGAAAGCCUUCACCGACGGCUCCACACUCACCAACCACCGCAAAAUCCACUCCGUUAAGAGACGCUACGCGUGUAUCAUCUGUGGCAGCAUCUUUAGGAGGUUCUGCGCCCUGAAACUCCACCGAAACACAGCCCACCCCACUGAGAAACAGUGAGCUUCGGGUGCUCACACCUGCACUGCCAUGAGCCCAGGAGAGUCAAAGUGGGAAUGUCUGUUUCCUUCAUCUUCUGUCACAUGUGUCUGCUGGACUGUCUACAACUGCCCACACUUACCACGUGGAGAAGUAUCCCAGGAGACUUGUUUGCUUGACUCGGUACUGCUUCUGUUUUUAAAGGCAUCAGCGAUCCCUCCGCAUAGAUGCUUCCAGUCCACAUAUUAGCUGUGGAGCUCUGGGGAAUUGAAUCUGCAGCUAAGUUCAGUUUUAGUCUUUGUUUUUCAGUUUUGACAAUACUUCCUGUAUGUGACUAUUUAAAAGAAAACAAAUCCAUAAAAAAAAUCAUUUCCCCAGCUAUAACAGUCACUUCUCAGCACCUCAUGGCUGCAAUAUUGGACAGCUCCAAUACAGACAUUUCCACCACUAAACAAUGUUCUGUUUUAAAAGAAGAAAAAAAAAACAAUCUUCUGUUUAGUACUGACUGACAGCUCUUAGGUUACCAGAAUUAUCACACCAUGUCAGCCCCCAGAAAGUGCAGGUGUAAGGUGCCACUGUGAGAAGCCAAACGCAGCAUAUUCUAAAUGGCUUCCAAAGUCUGCCUGGACACUGAUGGGUGGUGAUCUCAAUCUUGUUCAGUGCCUGUCCAUGUUCAGUGCCUCUCCUUUUCUGGGAAUACAGUAAACUGUCAAUGUCUGCUGAUACCUAAUAUAUCCUGAUACCUGAGCAUGUCACCUGUCAGGUAAGAUGCUCAGCACUUCAUAUGAACUUACCAGUUCUCAUGUGGAAUAGGAGCUAUCAUUCCUAUUUUGUAGGAAUUCAUCAGUUUUUUUUCAUAAUGAUUGUUGUUCCAAAAUUUUGCAUGUAAAGUGAGACUGUUACUAUUUUUAUAUUCCACUUGUAAUCUCAAGAUUCAGCCACUCAUAAAGGGUAAAUUAAAAAAAUUUUUUUUUGCUUUUUGGGUCACACCCAGCAAUGCUCAGUGAUUACUCCUGGCUUUGCACUCAGGAAUUACUCCUGGCAGUGCUUGGGGGACCAUAUGGGAUGCCGGGGAUCGAACCCGGGUCGGCCAAGUGCAAGGCAAACGCCCUACCCUCUGUGCUAUCGCUCCGGCCACCAUAAAGGGUAAUUUUUUUUAAUACAGCUGCUUACAUGUCUUCCAAACUGCUCUCUGAGUCCAGAAGAAGCAUGGCUACACCUUUGGUGCAGCAGACACAGGGCAUUGAGGUGGAAAAACUACAGCUAAACCCAGCCUGUUUUUUAAAAUAAUAUUUUUAUUAGAAUAUGGCACCAUCCAUUUGUUUGAUUGUGAUUGUGCUUGCAGUAGCAAAGUUGAGUAGUUCCAGCAGAGACUGGGUGGUAUACAGAGCCUUGACUGUCCACUGUGAGACCCUGGACACACCUGAUGGUAUACACGUGGGUCUAUCCAAAGAAAAUGAAGACAUUAACACAAAAGUUACAGCCACCGCAACAUUUAUUGAUAGUUCAUUGGAUAAAGAAGCCGUGCUACAUAUAUACACAAAACGAAUAGUAUCCAGCUACAGAAAGGUGAAAGUUUGCCAUUUACCACUAAAUGAAAGAUUUCAAAGAGAUUAUAGGAAGCAAAAUAGAAUUUUUUAUCUUUCUCCAGAGGAAGACAAGUAUGGGAUGAUCUCACCCAUGCAUGCAGUAUAAAGAUAUAAAAUUGAUGAAUGACAAAACCAAAAGCAAACCAAAAGUGGGCACUGCCAAUAAAACUAAAGUUACCUGCGGGGAAGAGGGUGAUGAGAGGGACAAAGGGUGGAGGGAGGGGAGAGAGGACAGUGGGCUUUGCUUGCUUUAGAAAAGUAUUUACUUAGCCAUGCUCAAAACCACUAAACUGAAGUAAAGAGGAUGGGAGUGUGAGAAUGGGUAGAAAAAGAAGAAAAUAAUUCUGGGACUUUUGUGAUGAUGCGCAGUAUAAAAUAUAUUUUGUAUUGCAGUUCAGCAUAUAUACUACAUGUAUAUGUUUAUAUACACAGACAUAUAUGCAUACUUGAAAGGCACCAUGUACCCUGGUUACUUGCACAUGCUGAUUCUCUUAGCCUUCAGAAGUACUGGCCGUGACAACCCCUCCCUGUGAUAUCACUAAGCCAUUGGGGGGUGUGCCCCCUCUUUGCCAGAUCUUUGUUCUGUGCCUAGGGACCUGGGUAACGUGGUAGUGACACAUUGGCUCCCUCUUGAGCUGGAGAUAGUAUCACUUGCCCUGGAAGCAGCUUGGAGACAGAUACAGACCAUCUCCCUGUGUCCUUCCUGAGCUCCAGAAUGGUUCCUUCCCCUCAGCCUCCUCUCUAGCCCUGUGAACGCUGAGGAAGCACAGAUGAAAGGCAAGCAUGCAAAAUGCAAGGAAAAGGACCACCCAGGACUCUGUGUUCUUGGGGAGACAUCUUUGUCUGCAUCCUCAAAUUUCUAUGUUCUGAAUAUUUGUGUCUUCUCAUCUCCUAUGUUCAAAUACUAAAUAGUCCAGAAAGUAACUCUCAGCACUCACCUUGAAUGUGUGAGGUCUUGGGUUGAUUCCCUGGCAUCACAAAAUAAAUGAGUAAUAAAUUCUACUACAAAUUAUACAUAUAUAUGACCAAAGUAUAGUAUCAUUCAUUAAUUUUUUAGUGAACAAUGUGCUUAGAGUACUAAUAUUCGCAUAUUUAUUUUUUUAGAUAAUAUGUUUUUAACUCAAAUUCGCUUUAUACAGACCAUAUACAUGUAAACGACCAUCAUUUAAAAAAAAGGAAGAAAGCACUAACUUUUAUGUUAGUUUUUACAGUAAGUUAGUUUUACAAUAAGUAAAACAGAAAUGAUAGAUAUUGGUGCCAGCUAGCUUCAACUGAUGUCUGCUCUCUCCUUACUAGAAUGAAUGAUCAAGGAGCCACAGAAUCAUGCUAGACACCAAACUCACUGUAUCUGAUGUAAUGAAAAGAUCUGGAAGAAGAUAGUAGAAGGGUUGUCUUUUCCCCAACUGAAGAAUCAAUCAUUUCAUGCAGUCCAAUGAUUUUCUAUAAAUUCCACCCAGUCCAUACUUGGGAAGACAAUGCCUGGGUAAUACAAAUGAUCUCUGCUGACCCCAAACUUACAGUCAAGGGCUCACAAGGAGGCAGUAAUAUCACCAGGUCACUCUGAGUUCUGCAAAGAUAAAACUGGUUUAUUCCCUCUUUUCUGAGUCAACAGUGAGGUAACUGAGAAGAGUUAUGAUAUGAAGACCACCCUAUUGUGCCUUAAAGCAAUGCGGUCCCACCUUAGGAAUUAUCUUAGGAGAAGGGCUGGGAGGAGUGGGAAGGUGUGACAGACCCUUGUUUGGGACACAUUUGUGUUUGGAGAUGGAGAGGUGAGGGGAAAGAAGGCCUGAGAUACCAAAUUCUUUUUGGUUGCCAAUAACAGAAACCCAACUCACAUGAGUUUAAAUUAAAGACAUGUACUGGCUACAUGUACUGGAUACCUGUCCUGGGAAGUUUUCUUGCUUGAAAUUGUCUGUGCAGUCAAAUGCUCUUCUUCUGAGCGUUCCUUCCAUAAUGUCAGCUUUGAUUUUAGAGACUGGAGCAGAGAAUUGGAGGCAGACCCAGCUGUGUUGUAUUCUCUCAUCUCAGUGCCUUUGCCUUAUCGUUCACAGAACACAGAGGAUUCUUCAUAACGGGUACACCUAUCAGCAGCCCCAGUAUUAAGGCCUUGGGAUGAGCUUCCCUACAGAUUCUGAAUCAUUCCUAAGGAAGCAUCCCAAAUGAGCAGUUAUAAUCUGGUGGAGGAGUUGGGAGAUCUUACUUUCUUUUCCUCCUUUGGGCCAUUAGAGUGAGGAUUGUCAUAGUUGGACAUUGUUGAAGAGAACAUUAACCAGGGAGAAUGGACAUGAGGGGAGGUAGAAGCAUGAGUUCUGAAGAAGGCUGAUGUACUACAGGAGAAGUAUCGGGGAUGGGAGUAGGUUGGCACUUGCAGGAUGGAGAGAAGUGCAAGACUUCAAGAUAAGUAUGGGAAUAUGGAGCCAGUAUUGUUAAGAAUCAAAUUAACAAUAUUAAAACUAUGGAACCAGUAUAGUUAAGAAUCAAAUGGAGAGGAUCAAGGAGAGGCAGUUAUGUUGAAUGACUCUGGGGUCCAAGCAGAAUAGACUGGGAUGGGGCAGAUUGGACAAUAGGAAUUGAGAGUUCAUUUGCUUCUGGAGUUGAGUUGGACUAAAGAACAAAAGUUGAACUAAAUGCUGGCAAAAACUGAGAGUUCAUUAAAGUUACAUGUGGUUA